CAGAUUCCGCGGUGGCGGCCUCUGUGCCCUUCAUUCCGCUACCCAUCCGUCCACCGAGUGCCUGCUAGUCGCCAGGAAUCCGGCCACGGAGAGACUGAGGUCGACUCCCGACCGAGAAGCCUCGCGCUGGGACCAGUCGUUUUGACAGUGGCAAAACGACUCCGAACGCAGCAGCAUCCACGCGGCGGCGGUGUUUGAGGAACAGAAGCUGAGGGCGGCGAGGGCGGUCACAGAGGAAGGAAGUUCAGGGUUGGCCAACAGGAGCCGCAGGUGCCCCGAAAAGGGGGCGGGGUCAGGGUUGCCCUAAACUCCGAAUGCGAACUUCUGUCUUAUCACAGCCAAGCACGCUGCUUCUUGGAUUGAGCUGGCAGGAUGGCGCCACCACCAGCUGGAGUAAAGCUGGGCGCGUUCCUGGCAGUGACUCCGAAUCCGGGGAGCGCAGCGAGUGGGACAGAGGCAGCCACAGCCACACCCAGCAAAGUGUGGGGCUCUUCCGCGGGGAGGAUUGAACCGCGGGGUGGGGGCCGAGGAGCGCUCCCUACCUCUAUGGGACAGCAGGGACCCAGUGCCCAGGCCCGGGCACGGCGCGCCGUAGGACCCAGGUCGGCGCAGGGAGCCAGCCCUGGGCUCCGGGUCCACAAGACCCUCAAGUUUGUCGUCGUCGGGGUCCUGCUGCAGGUCGUACCUGGCUCAGCUGCAACCAUCAAAGUUCAUGAUCAAUCAGUCGGCACACAGCAAUGGGAACACAGUCCUUUGGGAGAGUUGUGUCCACCAGGUUCUCGGCCUCACUUAGCCUUCAAUUUCUCAGAUCAAGGGACACGUCAGGGAAACACAUUCCCAAAACCUUGUAUUCUGUCAUCAGAUGAAGAAGAGAGAAGUGCCUGCACCAGGACCAGGAACACAGCGUGUCAGUGCAAACCAGGAACUUUCCGGAAUGACGAUUCCGCUGAGAUGUGCCGGAAGUGCAGCACAGAGUGUCCCAGAGGGAAGGUCAAGGUCAAGGAUUGUACGCGCUGGAGUGACAUCGAGUGUGUCCACAACGAAUCAGGCAAUGGACAUAAUGUAUGGACGAUUUUGAUUGUGACAGUUGUGAUUUUGGUUGCCCUGUUGCUGUUGGUGGCUGUGCUGAUGUUCUGUUGGUGCAUCGGCUCAGGUUGUGGAGGGAACCCCAAGUGCAUGCACAGGGUGAGUUUCUGGUGCUUGGGUCUCCUACGAGGGCCUGGGGCUGAGGACAAUGCCCACAACAUGAUUCUGAACCAUGGAGACUCGCUGUCCACUUUCAUCUCUGAGCAGCAAAUGGAAAGCCAGGAGCCGGCAGAUUUGACAGGUGUCACUGUACAGUCUCCAGGGGAGGCACAGUGUCUGCUGGGACCAGCAGAACCUGAAAGGUCUCAGAGGAGAAGGCGGCUGGUUCCAGCAAAUGGCGCUGACCCCACUGAGACUAUGAUGCUGUUCUUUGACAACUUUGCAGACAUCGUGCCCUUUAACUCCUGGGACCAGCUCAUGAGGCAGCUGGACCUCACAAACAAUGAGAUCCACAUGGUAAGAGCUGAUACAGCAGGCCCAGGGGAUGCCUUGUAUGCAAUGCUGAUGAAAUGGGUCAACAAAACUGGACAGGAUGCCUCGAUCAACACCCUGCUGGAUGCCUUGGAGAGGAUAGGAGAGAGACAUGCAAAGGAGAGGAUUCAGGACCUCCUGGUGGACUCUGGAAAAUUCAUCUACUUGGAAGAUGGCACAGGCUCUGCCGUGUCCUUGGAGUGAAAGACUCUUUUUACCAGAAGUUUCCUUUUAGGUGUUAAUAGUUUUUUUGUUUUUGUUUUGUUUUGUUUUGUUUACAUGUAUGUAAAAUAAAUACUUAGCUGGGUGUGGUGGCAUGCCUGUAAUCCCAGCACUUUGGGACGGUGAGGCGGGUGGAUCACUUGAGCUCAGGAGUUCAAGACCAGCCUGACCAACAUGGUGAAACGCCGUCUCUACAAAAAAAUACAAAAAUUAGCUGGGUGUGAUGGUGCGUGCCAAUAUUCUCAGCUACUCAGGAGGCUGAGGCAGGAGAAUCGCUUGAACCCAUGAGGCAGUGAGCCGAGAUUGCACCACUGCACUCCAGCCUGAGCGACAGAGCAAGACUUCAUCUCAAGAUAAAAUAAACUUGAAAGAAUUAUUGCCCGACUGAGGCUCAUAUGCCAAAGAAAAAUCUGGUUCUCUCCUGAGCUGGCCGGUCUGCUUGGGUCUCCAUGUGUUUCCUUAUCGUGGUGGUUAAUUGUAGGUGCUAAUGUGAAUGGAUUAAAGAACACUGGUAAGGCAUUAUUUCUGGGACAUUAUUUCUGGGCAUGUCUUCGAGGGUGUUUCCAGAGGGGACUGGCGUGCAAUCGGGUGGACUGAGUGGAAAAGACCCACCCCUAAUGUUGGGGGGCACCAUCCAAUAGACUGGGGAGCCAGAUAGAACAAAAAAAGAAAAGCAUAUCCAUCUGAUCUCCUGGAGCUGGGACACUCUUAUUCUGCCUGUGGACAUCAGACUCUAGGAUUUCUAGCCCUUGGACUCCAGAGCUUACACAAGUGGCCCCCCGAGGAUGUAAGGACUUUGACUUUGAACUAAGAAUUACACCAUUGGCUUCCCUGGGUCUUAGGUUUUUGGACUGGAUUAAGCCCUGCUUCCAGCAUUCCAGGGUCUCUGCUUUGAAGAUGGCCUGUUGUGGAACUUCUCAGUCUCCAUUAUGAGAUGCAUUAAUUCCUCCAAUAAGUCCCAUUUCAUAUAGAGUCAUUUGCUCCACAACAACAUUUCAGUCAAGGGAACAGCAUAUAAGAUGGUGACUAUCCAGUAAGCUAAGGUUAAUUUAUUAAUUAUUUAAUUUAUUUACCGUGAGUUCAAGUCACAAUUGAAGUACAUGUACCUUUGGAGAUUUGGA